AUGCAAUCUUCACACCUCACAAAAGAAGACCACCAACGUGAUGCUGCGUUCAACCAAGCAUUGCACGGUCAAUCCGCUAACCAAAAAUCUGCCUUCAUGGCCAUGCUGAGCAAAGACUCGAAAGCUCAGCAAGUAGCAGCAGAUGCCUAUUUUCGCCACUGGGACGAUAAAGAUGCGAAGAUUGAAACAAUAGAAGACAGAGAGAGUAGGAAAGCAGAUUAUGCAAACAUCACUCGAAAUUAUUACGAUCUCGCAACAGGAUUGUACGAAGAGGCAUGGGGCCAAUCCUUCCAUUUCUGUCGUUUCGCAGCCAGCGAGCCCUUUCUCCAAGCCAUCGCAAGACACGAGCACUAUUUGGCAACGAAGAUGAACCUGAAGAGUCAGAUGAAAGUCCUAGACGUGGGAUGCGGAGUUGGCGGACCGGCACGAGAAAUCGCCAACUUCGUCGAUAUACAUGUCACUGGAUUGAAUAUCAACGACUACCAGAUCCAGCGUGCCACUCUUGUUGCGGAACGUGCUGGAAUGUCAGAUCGUCUUAAGUUUAUUAAGGGAGAUUUCAUGGAAUUACCAUUUCCAGACAAUAACUUCGAUGCCGUCUAUGCCAUUGAAGCAACCUGCCACGCGCCUAGCCUCGAAGGCGUGUAUUCCGAAAUCUUCCGCGUCUUGAAACCGGGUGGCAUAUUUGGAGUCUAUGAGUGGCUCAUGACCGACAAAUACGACGCGAACAAUCCACAUCAUCGAGAGAUCAGACUCGGCAUUGAACAAGGAGAUGGCAUCGCAAACAUGGUGAAAGUGCAAGAAGGACAUCGAGCUAUUAAAGCGGCUGGCUUUGAAUUGCAGCAUGCUGAAGACAUGUCCCUUCGUCCCGAUCUCAUUCCUUGGUACUAUCCUAUCGCGGGAGAAUUCAAGUAUAUGGGUUCGUUGUGGGACUUCUUCACUGUCUUGAGAAUGACGAAGCCGGUAAGAGGUAUGGUGCAGAGACUGCUAUCUGUGUUGGAGGUGGUGCGACUGGCACCAGGUGGGAGUGCGAAAACUGCGGCGAGCUUGGCAAGAGCAGCUGAUAGUCUUGUGGCUGGUGCGAAGGAGGGACUAUUCACGCCGAUGUAUUUGAUGAUUGCGAAGAAGUCGGAGGAAAUUACCUCGGUUUCUUGAGAAAUGUGUCACUCUAUGGGAACAUGGGGAACCGGAAUGCAUUCGAAUCCUUCAAUGAUUUCCUUCCAACUUCUCGGGAAGUUUUCGC